AUGUCAAGAAAACAAUCGAUAUUUUCUGAAUCGUCAAUAAAUUCUGGUAUAUUAGAAAAACGUACACGUAAAGUCAGUGUUGACGAAGAAACAUUACUAAAAUAUGAUCAAUUUUAUAAAACAACAAAAUCAUUAUUGGUAUUAUUUCAAAUUAUGGGUGUUAUGCCAAUUAUGCGUACAUCGCCAGGACGAACAACAUUUUACUGGACAUCAAAAGCAACAGUUUAUGCAUAUUUUUUAUUCACGAUCGAAACAAUUUACGUUACAAUAAUAUUCAAAGAACGUUUAAAUAUCAUGUUAGAACCUGGCAAACGUUUUGAUGAAUACAUUUACAAUAUUAUAUUUUUAAGCAUAUUAAUACCACACUUUUUGGUACCAAUUGCAUCAUGGCGUGGUGGUCCAGAAGUAGCAAAAUUUAAAAAUAUGUGGACACAUUUUCAAGUUCGUUAUUUACGCUUAUGCGGUGAACCAUUAAUGUUUCCAAGCUUGACUGUGAUCACAUGGAGUUUAUGUAUAUUUUCUUGGGUGUUGGGUAUUGUUAUUAUGGGUGCAGAAUUUUUACUACAGCCCGAUUUAUUAUGGUGGCAUACGUUAGCAUUUUAUCAUGUUUUUGCUACACUAAAUGGUUUAUGUGCAUUAUGGUAUGUUAAUUGUACCGCAAUGGGUGGUGCAUGUCGUGGUAUGGCAAAAAGUUUGAAAAUUGCAUUGGAAGGACCUGAUCCGAGUGUUAAAUUGGCGGAAUAUCGUCAUUUAUGGGGUGAUUUAUCACAUAUGAUGCAGCAGUUAGGUAAAGCCUAUUCAAAUAUGUAUGGCAUGUAUUGUAUUGUCAUAUUAUUUACAACAAUAACAGCAAGUUAUGGUUGUUUAGCUGAAAUAUUAGAUCAUGGUUUUAGUGAAAAACUGUCUGGAUUAAUAUUAAUUGUUUUCUAUUGUAUGGGUAUAUUAUAUACGAUAUGUAAUGAAGCAUAUCAUGCAUCGAGACGUGUUCGUAUGCUAUUCCAAGAUCGUUUGCUAUGUAUUAAUUUAUCAAUUGUGGAUAAACGUACACGACAAGAGAUUGAUUUAUUUUUAACAUCAAUACAAAAAAAUCCACCAAUCAUGAAUUUAAAUCAAUAUUUAAAUAUUGAUCGUGAAUUAAUCACAACGACAGUUAAAAAUAUAGUAACAUACUUAGUGGUAUUAAUGCAAAUUAAAUUAACAUUAUUGCGUUCAACAAAAUCAAAAACUGAUAAGUAA